GCCAUACCGCCAGAUUCACCUAGACAUGCUCUCGACACAGAAAUUCCACUAGGGAAUGAGCUGGCAUAGCAGCUGCUUCAGACAGACACGACAGCGUCUGCUGCAGUCGCUGCGGACUUCAAGCGCCUCGGACCUGCCGCGGCCAGCAGUCGCCCUUGGCUUUGCCCACCGUCCAGUCGGCUGUCCUUGUCUCCAUACAAUCAAGCGCAGCUACUACACCACGCCAGUCUUCGAGUACGCAUAUCAAGACCCCUACAGUUCCUCAUGGGCUUCCACCUCCUCUUCCACUUCCAACCUCGACCUCCAUCCGACACCGGUAGACACAUCCCUCUUCGAGGAAGAGUCACCUACAGGGGCGGAUGCGUACCUCGCUCAACCUCAAGUCCAGCAGAAGAUCAACUAUGAAGCCCCUUCGCCAUCUACUAUCCUCCAGCAGAUGCUCACAGGAAGUGGGGAGGAGCAAGACUUCAUCUCCCCUGACCAGCUGAGCCAAGCUUACACUACGCUUCAACAGUUGAAGGAGCUUCAUUCUACCCUUGGGCCGCCGCGUAUAUGCUAUCUUCAUGCUGCUUUCGCUGCUUUCCCCCAGAGAAAGAGACACGAGGCAUUGGAAUGGCUGGAGAUGAUGCCAUCUUGGAGGGACUCGUCCAGACUGGAGAAGAAGAUCAUCGCCGAGAAAUUGAUCAAGCUACUUCAUUGGCUGAACCGCAAGACGAGUAAGCAGCCUCAGACCCUUCAGCAGGUACUCGAGAUCCUACUCGUCAAGAAAUGGCAUUCAGACCCAAGGCUGCGUGAGAUUUUCUCGAAGGCAGCAUACAAUGCUUUCAUGACUGUGCCAGAAAGUUUCGGAGUCUACAAUCUCUGGCUAAGACUGGCCGUCCAUAUGGACAUGCCAGGCAUUGGUUGUGAUCAGCGACGCGUGGUCAUGAGCCAGAUCUAUCACAUUGCUCUGCGUCAUCUUGCACUUACUGGUAGAUUCGAAGAUGCAGUCAAACUGGUGCUCUUGUCAGAUCCUUGGCAGCCUACUUACUUGCCUCCCAUCAACGGCUUCACCUGGAGAUUGCUCCUCGAAGAGCUGGCUUCUGAGCCUUCUGACGAGCGACUUCUCAUGGCUCAAGGACUCCAAGGGCAUCUCCACAAUAUCUUGAGGAGACUGUCCGAGGAGCCGCACCACAAAGGUGAAGACAAGAAGCCAGCUUCUGGCAAUUGGACCCCGCCCGAGUGGAAUUCAGCCCAUGUUUCAUAUCUGCUUAAGGUCAGCAGCAUCGUAGAUCAGCUGGCGGCCGGCGAAGCGAUGCCUCCCUCCAGCUUGCGAGACGACCCUGCUACAUUGCAUCGCCGAGCACUGGAGAGACGCUCGUAUGCGAUGUCGACGCUGCUGCCUGGUGAUGUGAAGGAGCAGGCGCUUGAGACCACUGUCGCACAGGGCCGUGUAGGUGGCAAGGAGGUGGAGCCCAAAGGUGUAUCUCGGGCAGCUCAUCUCAUGAGCAGGCUCGUCGAGAACGAUCAAUUUGGCGAUUCCAUCGCGACUGCUAUUGCAAGUCAUCAACUAAGAUUGCUCGACCGCUCAGGCGUCAACGUCGAGGAAGCUGCUCGAUUGCCAAGCGACGUUGCGCCCAUUGACAUGGAAGCGCAGAAGAUCUUAUCCGCCGGCCGGGGUGGAAAGGGACUCUGGGAGAUGGCUUACCUCUGGCUCCUCGCCCAUCGACGUCAGUACCGCGAUGCACUUCACUACUUCACCCGCACAUGGCACACUACGGGAGAAUUUUCGCAGGAACUUCUCGACCAAGCCAUGGGUGAGCAGGCCCCUGCAAUUACAGAGGAUGACUUGACGUCGACGAGCUUUCUUCUGUGGCCUUCCAGUUACGUCCUCAAUCUGGCAAACGGCUGCUUGGUGCAAGAUGUACUGAGCGGGGUCGAUGCUUUCAAGGAGAGCGACCAGGAGCGGCACGAGUUCCUUCAGACUGCUGUGAGCAAGGCAUCACAGUGCUACCGAAUCUGGAUGGCAGGGCUACAGCGAAUGGAAGAGUCCGGUGGUGGAGAUCUGCGAAGGCUUGACUCCUACGCCUUCGAUCCCUGGCUGAAUGGCUUGCUUCCUCAGUACAUCAAGAUGUCUGGAAUCGCCGGAGUCGAAGAAGAUCAGAGGGUGGACUUGUCAAAGAUGCUGGCAGGGCUCCCUCUCUUCGACGCAUUCAGGACUGAGGGCGAUGUAAAGCUCUCGCUGGGCUCUCACCAUGCUCUGCAAUUCCUGCGGGACAUGCAGAUGCUAUCGGUCAAGCCAUCCCUCGCUACCUACACGACACUUCUUGACACUCUGGCAAGAGAUGCACCUCGAGCAUGGCCGCUGAUUGAGCACAUCUGCUCUCAGCUAGGCAUGGUACCUUCUGUUGCAGAUUCCCUUGACACGAAGAGCGCCUUCCUCGCCGAUGAGAAAGACUCAUCUCAUCUCAAGAGGAGCUACCUGAUUGCUUUCACGGCUCUGCUCAGAGGCUUGCACGCCAUUCCCACCAAGCUCGGGGGUCAGUACGCGGGCGUCCCACAUGCGAGGAGGGUGCGGGAGUGGCUGCGUGACCUCACUGUACCUUCCACCUCGAAUCCGGGUCAAGAGAAGCAAGAUGGGUCAUCUCCAGAAGUGGGCGAGGGAAGGCUGGUCUUCACAGAGGACGACAUCAGGGAUGAUUUCAAGCUGAUGGCAGUGCUGCAGAAGUGUCAGGAGGUGGAGAGACAAGCGGAGGAGAACGCCUCAUGGACAAGAGAGGGCUCGGGGUGAGCCACAUAUAGAUCAGAAUGACAUUUAUAGUGCUCUCAGUGUCUUUGAUCCGGCGUGCGUACAGUCCUUACUCGAGUCGGGGGACGAAGUGGGGAAGAAUUGGGAAGAGGCAUGAUCCUCGUGUUGGGGCAAGAGUCACAACCAGCAAUGUCACGGCUUGGUCAUCUCAUCACAAAGCUUGCUUCGAUUCUUGAUGUCAGCCUGCCUUUCUACGAUC